AUGGCAACAGAUGUUAUCGUCUCCAAACUCCCGUUUCAUGCUGGUAUUACAUUAGCAGCAACAACAUAUAAAUCGUUACACAGUAACAGUAAUAUCAAUCGAUCCGUUAAAAAAGCAACUACCAAAAAUCGUCGUCGUAAAGGAACGCGAAAGCCACUGAGCAAAUCAAGCGAAAGUGUCACACGAAAAGGCUCCAAUUCAAUCGACAAUGGAAACAAUUGCGAAAUAAUUUAUCAGAGUGGCGAAGAAACGCUACACAGUGAGUCCUCUAUUGAAGUUAUUGAUGUUAAUAAAGGGCAAGAAACUAUUAAAUCUGCAAAGAGUAAGGGUCGAUUAAUUAGCAGGGGAAUAAAAUCUGCUACCAAAGAUCCAAGAGAGAAUCGAAAAUCCUCUAAGAAGCAUAAGACUAAACUAAAACUAACAAACAGAAUAAAAACAGUUCAAAAUUUUACCGAUAUUAACUCCAACGAUAUUAAGAUAAAAAUUCAAAAAAUAACAAAAGGAAUCUCAGAUUUACACACAAGUCAGCUAAAAACGAAAGAUUAUGGUAUCAAGUCAAAUAUCAAUUCCACUAUAACCCUACCACAGAUUCCGAAAGUUAUACAAGCGUCUAAUGCAUCCGGAAAGAAGCUACCACAAUCACGUAUUUAUUUAUCUGAGAAACAAAGUAAAGGUCUACAUGAAGGCAUUAGCGCAGCACCGCCGUGUACACCUGAAAAUGAAUUUGCUAAGAAUUUUUUGUAUAUUCCUUCGUUAUCGGAUAUUAGGAGCCAGCGAGCUAUUAAGAAUAGAUUGAUUAAGCUGCAAAAAAUUUAUAACGAGAAGGAAGAAAAAGAGAAAAUGCGACAAUUGCAAUCUGAAGAAAACACUAAAAAGAAGUCCAAAAUAAAUAGUACUAAUCAAUUAAAAAGUUGGCAGAGAAUGCAGGAAAGCAAUUUAUAA